GGUGUCAAACCAGCAAGUUUUGAUAAAGUUACUGAUCCUGAAAUUAAGGAGAUAAUUGGAGAGUGCAUUUGCAAAAAUAAAGAAGAGAGAUAUGAAAUUAAAGAUUUACUAAGCCAUGCCUUUUUUGCUGAAGAUACUGGGGUAAGAGUGGAACUUGCAGAAGAAGAUGAUGGUAGGAAAUCCUCUAUUGCCUUAAGACUCUGGGUAGAAGAUCCUAAGAAACUGAAAGGAAAACCCAAAGAUAAUGGAGCCAUUGAGUUUACUUUUGAAUUGGAAAAAGAAACUCCUGAUGAUGUUGCACAAGAAAUGGUUGAUGCUGGAUUCUUUCAUGAAAGUGAUGUCAAAAUAGUUGCAAAAUCAAUACGUGACAGAGUAGCCUUAAUACAGUGGAGAAGAGAGAGGAUUUGGCCCAUGUUACAUUCAGAAGAUCAUCGGGAUCCUGAGAGUUUAGAAAAAAUGAAGGCCACACAAGCACAACCACUUCAGAUUACACAUCUUUCUCAUGCUGGUCACCACAUUCUGUCUGAACCAGAAGAGCCUGAAGUGGACCAGCAUCUUUCUCAACAAAAUCUGCCUACAAGCAUCACUUCACUUGCAUCUGAUAGCACAUUUGACAGUGGUCAAGGAUCAACUGUGUAUUCAGACUCCCAGAGUAGCCAGCAAAGUGUCAUCUACUCAUCUAUUCCUGAUGCAAUACCUCCAGCUGUUCAGCGUGUUUAUAGCCCACCACUCAGUGAGAACCAGACUUUGCCACAUGGUCUUCAGCAGUUAGGGCCCUACCAGCAGCCCUCAGUACCUGGCCUUCCAGUGGUUCAGGGUCCAACUGCUGUUGUGUCUCAGCGGCCACAACUUUAUCCAGAACCAGCAGUUCCAUUUCCUGUUGUUCAUCCCACAUCAGUUGCCCCUGUGCAGAUGAUACAACCUCAACCUGUAUUAGUCAGCCAGCAGCAAUCCCUCCCAACCCCAGCUCCCUUACAGCAAGUUCUCAGCAACCAGCCUAUGUGCCCAGUACAGCAACCUGCACCUCACUUGUUGUCCCAGUUUCCAACGCCCAGUUCUCAGAUGGCAGCUACCAGCGCACCACUGGCACCUCUGCAAGUUCCCCCUGUGCAGCCACUUCCACCGGUCCCACCCGGUCAAAUUCCUCAAUUUCCUGUCAUUCCCGCAGUCACUCCUCUGGCAGGACUUGAUAGUCAUCCUUCAAACCUGUCUGAUAUACCUGCUGCAAAUAUGCCCCCUAUACCUGCUCCUUCUCAAUAUUUUCCUCCAGCUGUGAUUUUACCAAGCCUUCCUGUGAACUCUGCUCUGCCACUGUCAUCAAAUCCCCCUGCCCUCCCCCUGCAAGCAGUCAACCUUCCUCAUACAACUGUGGCUUCCUUGGUCUUACCCUGCCAAACAAUUGUGCCAAAUAUGCCGGCUGCUCCAGUACCAUUACUUCCUGUGCCUCCACCAGGAGUGUCAGCUUUACCAACACAUCCUGCGGUAGCCCAGCUCUCCCAACAACAAAUGUACCAGGCUACCCUCCAGCAGAUAAUACAGAAUGAAGUUGUAUCUUCUCCCCUCCAUACUCAGAAUAUGCAAGCAGUUUCACAGCAGCAGCAGAUGCUGCCUUCACUUCCACAGUCACUUCAACCAAGCAUAAUUCAUCCUUCAGAACAGACUAUGUCUGCAUCUGGGGCUGGUAAUCAGUUUCCUUUUCAGAUUAUUGGACAUCCUCAGUAUGCUGUGGAUAUUGGAACCCAGAUACCUGCAUUGCCAGUGCAGGCUUCUGCAGUUACAUCACCGCCAUUGCAAUUGCAGCCUGAAGCAAUGCUGCCCGGUAUUGGUUCAGAUGGACUUUCACGUAUCACUCUUGGCACCGCUAAUUCAGCAAUGCCGGCAGAUCACGGACUGCCCCUUCAGUGUUCCGCUUACCUGCAGUCUCAGUCAGACAAUCACCAGCUUCCUGGCCAGCAGGUUCCAACUCUGUGCCCAGUUGUCCCACUAGCCACAGAACCUCCUCAAGAGGUGGAGCACGCAGUACUGGAGAAGCAACAGUCACUGUCACAGAGCUGUGAAAGUUAUAUGAGCCCUGAUGUUGCUUCUGGUAAAGAGAUGAGUGACAGUUUUGAAGGAACAAGUGGAGGUGGGAAACAAGAAGGAAAACCUUCAAAGAAACAUAAAAAAUCAACCCGUACUCGUUCACGUCAGGAAAAAUCCAAUAGGCCCAAGCUUACCAUUUUAAAUGUAUGCAAUACAGGGGAUAAGAUGGUGGAAUGCCAACUAGAAACACACAAUCACAAGAUGGUCACUUUUAAAUUUGAUUUAGAUGGCGACGCUCCAGAGGAAAUUGCUACUUACAUGGUCGAAAAUGAAUUUAUAUUACCAACUGAGAAAGAGAUAUUUAUUGAGCAACUGAAAGAAAUCAUUGACAAGGCAGAAGAUAUGCUUAGUGAAGAUACAGAAGGAGAACGAAGUUCUGAUCAAGGUGUGAGCCCUCAGCAAGAUACUUACAAGCUGGAAAUCAAUGAGGAGAAUCGGCAAUCCCAGGCAAGGAUGCCUAUCUACCAACAGAAUGUUCUGCAUACUGGGAAACGUUGGUUUAUCAUUUGUCCUGUUGUGGAAAAUCCAGCUGCUGAAGUGCCAGAAUUCUCUUCUCAUCCUCCUCAAAGUGCAAAGCAGUCUGAAGCCCCAGGUCAGGAGCUGUUGGAUGAUCAGCCACAGAGCUCUGCAGUGACAGAAACACAAGCAAACAUAGCUUAUCAACAUCUUUCUAAUCAACUUAGUUCCUAUGAAUGUCCCAGGGGAACUCCUCCUCCUUCUCCCUUGACACAAGUUUCUGUUCCAUCUGCAUUAACUUCCCUUUCACAGGUUCAUCCAGAAACAUACACUGAAACCCCUCUAACGUUAGCUUCAUCUACACUAGAACAAGCUAUUGAAAGUACAGGUCAGCUAGAAUGCUCUUUGCUACAACCAGUCUUAGCUAGUCAGUCUGAUGCUCCUGCCCACACUGCAGUUUCAUUUGAAGAACGUUUUGAGGCUAAGAUCCCUCUAAAUGCCUCACAGCAAACACUACAAAAGAAAGAUGAAAAAAAUGGUUUUCCCAAUAUAGAACAUGAACACAGCACAGCUGGACUGUCAAAACCAUUUCAGCCUGUUCCCAUGCAGACAGCAGAAAGUUCUUUCCCUAUCGUCUCUGAUGCUGCGGUUUUGGAAUUUCAGUCUUCAACCCAAAUCCCCAGUUUGUCAGACAAUACUCAGCUUGGCCAGAUACCACAUUCUUUUGUAGACCAGAUACCUCCCUUGCCUGCUGUCUCUGAACCUCUGAUUUCAGCCACAUCUCAACUUUCAAGCCCUCCUCACAUAUCAACAGCUGCAUCCCAGCUGCGUAUGCCAGCCCAGUCCCAGCCUGUCUCAUCCACUGGCCCUGCCAUGACUGCACCUCAGCCACCUUGUAUGGUAGAAUCAGAUGGUGAAGGGCCACCAAGAGUUGAUUUCACUGACAACACAAUAAAAAGUCUGGAUGAAAAACUUCGCAACCUACUCUAUCAAGAGUAUAUUCCAACUUCAUCUGCGUCAGCAGCAACACCAGACCAAGUAGACGGUGAAUUUAAUCUGGCACCUUUGCCUGCACUUGUCCUAGAUUUGAAAAUUCCUGGAGUUGGCAUGGAUGCUCACGUGGCUGAAGAUCAACCUUCUCCAAUUCUGGUGGAAAAAUCAGAAGUUACUUGCACCAGGAUCCAGCAUUCAGAAGUAAACAAAAUAUCAACAAGCAAAGCAGGUCAAGCUGCAAAUGUCAGUUCACCUACUACUACCCUACCAUCAGGAUUCACUCAGGUUGUUUCUUCUUCAUCACUUAUAGCAAGCCAGAAAGACAUUGCUAAGAGGAAUGAAAAGGAGAAUGUAUUACUUGAAGAGAAAAAUAAAUCUCAAAAAGAUGAUUCUAUAGACUCCAGUUUUAAUGUCAAAGAAGCUGAGACACCAGCAAAAACUAUAGGCAGAUUUUCAGUGAUCAGCACCCAGGAUGAGUUAACUUUACCAUCUGUGCAUUCCUUGCGGUAUUCUGCACCCCCAGAUGUUUAUCUGGAAGAUCAGCCUUCUAGCCCUGACACGAAGACAUCUGUGUGCCGUGUGCAGACAGCUUCUUCUUUUGAUGUCCUUUAUGGAAAGGAUUCCAGUGAUUCUGGAGAUGAAUCUCUUCGGGGAAAACAAGAUGCAUCUCCACUGUCACCUCAGAGCAGUAGAGUGGGAAAUGACUACAUUAAAAAGACUUCAUCUAUUCUGCAAAAGUCUGUAAAGUCAAGUUCACAGGGCCUUAAUUCUCCAAAUGGAUCAAAAAUCCCAACUAUCAACAUAACUUCUUUCCAUUCUCAGUCAUCAUAUGUGAGUAGUGACAAUGACUCAGAGUUUGAAGAUGCAGACAUGAAAAAAGAAUUGCAGAACCUGAGAGAAAAACACAUGAAAGAAAUUGCUGAGUUGCAGUCUCAACAGAAAAGAGAAAUAGAAGCUUUGUACGUUCGUCUGGGAAAACCUUUACCACCAAAUGUUGGUUUCCUUCAUUCUGCCCCACCAAGUGGCCGUCGAAGAAGAACAAGCAAGAACAAGUUAAAAACUGGGAAAUUGCUAAACCCUAUUGUCCAGCAGCUCAAAACAACAUCUAGUACAAGUAAUAUAUCAGACUAUAAAGAUCCUUUGGCUAAGGGAAGCACUAGAGUUCAGACUGACUCUACUGAAGCAACAGGACUGACUGUAUCCACAUCAGCCAUCCUUGAAAGACCCGUUCAGACUCAGCAACCUUGCUCUGUCAAAGCUUCCUUAUCCUCUGACAUUUGCUCUGGAGUAGCUUCUGAAGGAGGUGAUGUCCGUGGAAAUUCUGGCCAAGGCUGGACGGUUUUCCACCAAACGUCUGAGAGAGUGACCUAUAAAUCUAGUAGCAAACCUCGUACCAGAUUCCUCAGUGGACCUGUGUCUUUGUCCAUCUGGUCCACCCUGAAACGACUAUGUCUAGGCAAAGAUCACAGUAGUAGAUCUUCAACAAACAGUCUUGUAGCAUAUCCAGAUCCUCUACCACAAACAACAAUACAGGUCCAGGUACAAGCCAACAACAGUAACAACAAGAAAGGAACCUUCACAGAUGAUCUCCACAAAUUAGUGGAUCAAUGGACAAGCAAAACUGUGGGAGCUGUACAAGCAAAGCCAUCCCUAAACCAACUUAAACAGAAUCAAAAACGGCAAGACAUGGAGCCAAAGGGUAAUCCCCUGCAGACACAGAAUGAGACCUGUGGAGUUAAUGCAGCAAGAACAGGAAUGGGGAAAAAGUGUGUGAUUCCAGUGACUUGUCCACUGUCAGCUGCAUUAACUUCUGGAAUUCCAUCAUCCCAGCCAGUGCCUAUGCCAGAUUAUGAGGAAGAGAAUACUACUAAAUGACAUAUGGCCAGGCUUACCAAUAGGGGGAAAAAAACCACAAGACCUUAUUUCACUGAAGGAAGAGGAAGAAAAACUGGAACUGAUGUUGUUUGUGAGAAAUCCUGUAGACUAUGCCCAUCUAUUCAGUUCAAUUCAAUUUUGUAGCCUCUUUCUAAAGUUUUUAAA